AUGGAAGUUUAUGUCCUCAGACAUGCGCAGUCUACAUACAAUCAAUGAGCAUUCAAGCAUUGGUUUAAACCAUGGGAAUGGAUGUCCGAAUCUCCUGAAUUUUAUGAUGCCAAUUUGACAGAAAAAGGGAGAAAACAAGCCCGAAAAGCUAGAGAGAAAUAUCAAGAUGUCGUAGCCAGAUGCGACUUGAUUAUUUGUUCUCCAUUCACCAGAGCUAUUGAAACUAUGAAAAUCGUAUUUGAAGGCUCAGAGUGCCCUGUAAUAAUCACUCCUCUGAUUGCAGAAAGAACAGACACCACUUGUGAUAUAGGAUUGCCACUAUCACAGCUCAGAGCUCUACAUCCAGACUAUGAGUUUAUGCAUUUCGAAGACGAAUAUUGGUGGUUUUGUGAUAAAAAUAACCCGAAAGUGUUAAUCAAAGAGCCACGAGAUAGCGUAUGUCGAAGAGCUUUAAGAUUUGACGACUUCUUAAAUACGAGAAAAGAAAAAGUUAUUGUCAUUGUUACACAUGGACAUUUUAUUAGGAUGUUUUUAAGGGAAAAUCUCAUGCUUGGGAACUGCAGCAUGAAGAAGGUGAGAUAA